GCUGUGAGGAUGACAGAGCAAGAGCUGGAAACACACAUCAGUGAAGAAUGAAGGCUUUAGUAUGUAUACUGCUGCUGUUGGAAACCUUUGUGUUUGUCGUCCAGCAGCAGGUAGAUGGAGGACUCAAUGAGAAUGAGAUCAGUCAACAGAUCAGCUCUGAGGACGGAAGACAGAAUCCACCUCAAACAGACACUUUGAGAGCUGAAGCUUCAACUGACAGCCAACAAUACUGUGAUCUGGGCAUCCCUGACAUCCAUGCAGCACUGAGAGAACUGACCGCCACCGUUACAGAGCAGAAAGGAAACAUCAGAGAACUGACCGCCACCGUUACAGAGCAGAAAGGAAACAUCAGAGAACUGACCGCCACCGUUACAGAGCAGAAAGGAAACAUCAGAGAACUGACCGCCACCGUUACAGAGCAGAAAGAAAAGAACAGAGAACUGACCGCCACCGUUACAGAGCAGAAAGAAAACAUCAGAGCUUUAGAGGCACAACUUGGGGAACAACAGACGUUUAUCCUAGAUGAGAUGAACAAGAAAAAUGAAGAAAUUUCAAAUCUUACUCUGAGUCAAGUGGAGGAGUUGAGAAAGGAAAAUAGAGACAGAGAAAUAGCUUUUUCAGCGGGGCUGAGGGAAUCUGGCAGUGGAAAUACUGGUCCUUUUACCACUGACAUCACACUAACCUACAAGAACAUCAUCACAAACAUAGGGAACGCCUACAACCCAAUUACAGGUGUUUUCACAGCCCCACUGAAAGGAGCGUACAUGUUCAGAACCUCUGUAUAUGGUUAUGGCCCAACUGCAGCAACUGCAGACAUUAUUAAGAAUGGAGAGCAUGUGGUUAUAGCAGAUGCUUGGCAGAAUAAGGAUGGAGUAAACUCCUCGAAUGGAGUUGUGUUGAUCCUGGAGGUUGGAGAUGUUGUCUAUGUGAGACUUCGGUCUAGCAAGAGGUUAUAUGAUAGCCAAAAUAACCACAACACUUUCAGUGGUUAUCUACUGUUUCCAUUAGGUUAACAGGAGCUUUGAAGAAUGUGUUUCCAGCAUUUCUGAACAUUUAGUGUAUGAUUUAAGAUGAAGAAUCAUUAAGAAUCUUUAACAUAUGAACCUGUAAUAAUGAAAACUAAUGUGGGUCUGACAUUUGCAAUAGAUUACUGUAUAAAAGCUCAAUGUAAUACACUAAGUUCUGAUCUGUCUAUACAUGUAAGUUUGUAUAAAGAGUUUCAGCACUGAGACAGACAGGACCCAUGAAUAUCACAUGUGACUCAAAAGUGUUUUGUUAAAGUAAUAAAUCUAGAAUGUUAAAUAAUACAUUUUUAAGUGUAUCUUGUUACUGAUUCUUGAUCUGUAUCUCUUCAUCCUAC